AUGGAAGAAGUAGGCGCUCAGGUGGCUGCUCCUUUAUUCAUACACCAAUCGCUUUCUCCUAUGGGGAGAAAACGCAACCUCUAUCACCACCAGAUGCCGAACCGUCUCGUUCCACCUCAGCCUGAGCAGCGUAGAGACGAGUGGAACUCCAACAUGUGGGAUUGGGAUAGCCGGAGAUUCGAAGCUAAGCCUGUUGACGCUGAGGCUCUUCGCCUUGGGAGCCAGACACAGUUUGAUCUGACUUCAAGGAAGGUGGGAGAAGAGAGGGGGCUUGAUUUGAAUCUUGGAAGCUGUCUAAACGCCGCGGAGGAAGAGACGGCGCAGGCAGCUAGACCGAGUAAGAAGGGUCGGUCUGGAUCUCCCGGAAGCGGAGGGAACUAUCCGGUUUGUCAGGUGGAUAACUGUAGUCAAGAUUUGUCUCAUGGUAAGGAUUAUCACAGAAGGCAUAAAGUCUGUGAAGUUCACAGCAAAGCUACUAAGGCUCUCGUUGGGAAACAGAUGCAGAGGUUCUGCCAACAGUGCAGCAGGUUUCAUCUUCUUUCUGAGUUUGAUGAGGGGAAAAGAAGUUGUAGGCGUAGGUUGGCUGGCCACAACCGACGUAGGAGGAAAACAACGCAGCCUGAGGAGGUUGCUUCUGGUGUUGUAGCUCCGGGGAACCGUGAUAGUACCUCUAACGCUAAUAUGGAUCUUAUGGCUUUGUUAACCGCCUUAGCUUGUGCACAAGGUAAGAAUGAGGUAAGGCCAAUUGGGUCUCCAGCUGUGCCUCAAAGAGAGCAGCUUCUUCAGAUACUCAACAAGAUAAACGCUUUGCCUUUGCCUAUGGAUCUCGUCUCUAAGCUCAACAGUAUUGGGAGUUUAGCCAGGAAAAAUACUGAUCACCCGGUGGCGAACCCUCAAAACGAUGUGAAUGGGGCUUCUCCUUCCACCAUGGAUCUGCUUGCUGUUCUCUCCGAAACGUUAGGCUCAUCUUCACCUGAUACGCUAGCCAUAUUGUCUCAAGGUGGGUUUGGUACCAAAGAAAAUGACAAGGCUAAGUUAUCUUCUUACGACCACGUUGCUACAGCCAACUUGGAGAAGAGAACCGUUGGUGGGGAGAGAAGCAGUAGCAGUAACCAGUCUCCUUCUCAGGAUUCAGAUUCACAUGCUCAAGACACUAGGUCUAGCUUGUCUCUACAACUGUUCACCUCCUCACCGGAGGAUGAGAGUCGACGACCAGCCGUGGCGUCCUCGAGAAAGUAUUAUUCGUCAGCAAGCAGUAACCCUGUGGAGGAUAGAUCUCCAUCUUCAUCUCCUGUGAUGCAAGAGCUAUUCCCAUUGCAGAGGUCCCCUGAAACCAUGAGGUCUAAGAAUCACAAUAACACAAGCCCCGUGAGGACCGGGGGUUGCUUGCCUCUUGACCUCUUUGGUGCAUCGAAUAGAGGAGAUGCAAAUCCUAACUUUAAAGGAUUUGGGCAACAGUGUGGUUAUGCGUCUUCUGGUUCUGACUACUCUCCUCCUAGCUUAAACUCUGAUGCUCAGGACCGCACUGGAAAGAUAGUUUUUAAACUACUUGAUAAAGAUCCAAGUCAGCUCCCUGGAACAUUACGAACUGAGAUCUAUAACUGGCUGUCGAGCAUUCCAUCAGAAAUGGAGAGUUAUAUCAGGCCUGGCUGUGUUGUUCUAUCUGUCUAUGUAGCUAUGUCACCCGCGGCAUGGGAACAACUCGAGCAAAACUUGCAGCAACGGGUUGCUGUUAUGUUACAAGAUUCUCAUUCAGGGUUUUGGAGAGACUCGAGGUUUAUAGUUAACACAGGCAGACAGCUCGCUUCACACAAAAAUGGUCGGAUUCGUUGUAGCAAAUCAUGGAGAACUUGGAAUUCACCAGAGCUCAUCUCAGUGUCACCUGUAGCUGUGGUAGCUGGUGAAGAAACAAGUUUAGUAAUAAGAGGUAGAAGCUUGACUAAUGAUGGGAUCAGUAUACGUUGCACAGAUAUGGGUAGCUACAUGUCAAUGGAGGCAACAGGAGCAGCGUGUAAACGAGCCAUGUUUGACGAGUUGAACGUAAAAUGUUUCAGAGUCAACAACGCACAACCUGGUUUUCUUGGACGCUGUUUCAUUGAGGUGGAGAAUGGGUUUAGGGGUGACAGUUUCCCGUUGAUAAUUGCCAAUGCAUCCAUCUGCAAAGAGUUAAAUCGUCUCGAAGAAGAGUUUCACCCCAAAAGUCAAGAACAAGCGCAGACCUCAGAUCAUCGUCCCACAUCAAGAGAAGAGAUCUUAUGCUUCUUGAACGAGCUUGGUUGGCUUUUCCAGAAGAACCAAACCACCGAGCCUCUGGAACAAUCCGAGUUUUCCCUUUCCCGCUUCAAGUUCUUGCUCGUCUGUUCAGUUGAAAGAGACUACUGCGCUGUCAUCAGAACACUCCUCGACAUGCUGGUAGAGAGAAAUGUGGUGAAUGAUGAACCGAACAGAGAGGCAUUGGAUAUGCUCGCAGAGAUUCAGUUGUUGAAUCGUGCUGUUAAGAAGAAAAGCACAAAGAUGGUGGAACUACUCAUUCAUUACUCUGUUAAUCUCGGUUCCUCUAAAAAGUUGGUCUUCUUACCCAAUAUAACCGGACCUGGAGGUAUCACACCUUUACAUUUAGCUGCUUGUACAUCUGAUUCAGACGAUAUGGUUGAUCUUCUCACCAAUGAUCCACAAGAGAUCGGAUUAUCUAGCUGGAACUCUCUCUGCGAUGCAACCGGCCAAACUCCAUACAGCUACGCUGCAAUGAGGAACAACCAUACAUAUAACUCCCUGGUGGCUCGUAAACUUGCAGACAAAAGAAACAAGCAAGUCUCGCUAAACAUUGAGAGCGAGAUUGUUGUUGACCAGUUGGGUGUGAGCAGGAGAUCAAGUACAGAGCUGAACAAGUCUUCAUGUGUCUCGUGUGCUACUGUGGCUCUGAAGUAUAGGAGGAGAGCCUCAGGCUCGCACCGUUUGUUCCCAACUCCUAUCAUUCACUCAAUGCUUGCGGUUGCGACUGUCUGCGUUUGCGUCUGCGUUUUCAUGCAUGCUUUCCCAAUCGUCCGACAAGGGUCUCACUUCAGUUGGGGAGGUUUGGAUUAUGGCUCCAUCUAGGGAAAGAACAAGAAGUAAAUUAUAUACUUGUUAUUAUUCUUUUGGCUUCACAACAAAAAAAAAAACCAGAAAAAGACAGAGACUUUACUACGGUUAAUGGAAAGCUCAUGAGGCUUGACUGUGCUCGGAUCAUAACAGAGGGGAGCUUCACCGUCGGCUUUCGAGAGUUCUUUGUUUUUGUUUUCAGUUAUAUACUUUGGUUUGCUAAUUUUAUUGUGUAUUUCUGUGUAUUCCUACUUAUUAUCAUUAUUAUUAUGACUUCUAUAGUAUCCUACUGCUUCAUAUACGAAGCAGUUACUGUACUAUUUUGCAUUUUUUGGUACUUUGUCUUUGUAAAUUUGUACUUUGUACAAGUAGUCUUAUGUUACUGUAACUUCAACCUUUUCUUUUCA